UUCAGAAGACACACACGCACCAGGCCUUUCCAGUUUCGAAACAAGAGCCACCUCUGUCGGUACGCCCAGGAGCUAGAGAGACUGUGAAGUCGGUUUCGAAGACCUUACUGCAGUACCUCCCCAUCUCUCAAAGGACAUCAAUUUUCAACAAGAAGCCAGGGAACGGAGCAUAUUUGCUUUAUUUCAAAGACUCCAAUAAGCCGUGUCUAUACAGCAGAGGAUUAACAACAGUCGCCACCUUUCAAUCUUUUCCCCACAAUUUUACAUAUAUCUGUAACCAUGGCAAACCGCGCACAAAUAGUUAUAAGGGAAAAAGGGCAGAUAAAAUGUGAUGUACACAAAGAUAACAAUGUUAUUUUUGUGUGCAAAACGUGUAAUGUAUUAAUAUGCACAACAUGUAGCCUUACAAACCAUAAAGCUCACUUCGACAGCUUCUGUGAGCUGUCGAAAAUCAAAAAUGAAAAAACAAAUAUUAUAAUGGACUUUAUUAAUGACACAGAAAACGUAAAUAUUCCAAAACUGAACGAGGAAAUAACUUCAUCUCGAACAAAAUUAUCUUCGUGUAAAACUGAGUACGAAAAACGUCGUAAAAACGUCAUCGAUAAUAAUGUGAAAUGUAAAGAGGAAUUAGAUCAAAUUACAGCACAGUACGUAUCGAUUUAUAAUAAGAUGGAGGUGGCGGACACGGACCUCAUCCAGACACACAUCACAGACAUGGAGAGGAGGUUGGAUACUUUGAAUAAACUCUCAACAGAAUAUAAACAGACUCUCCAGACAGGAACCGAAGUACUCGUGUACGACUCGGUAUCAGAAAUCCUGGAACUGGAUUCCGUUAUCCCACCGACACCUAACAUAGACAUGGCAGAAUUUACUCCGGGAAUAGACAGACAAAGUCAUCUUAAACAGGCCCUCGGCAACAUGAAACUCCCAACCGACCAUCUCCAGGCAGGGUCAGCAUCUGGUGGUCACUCCGACCAACGUCCAGUAGUCCGACCAAAAGAGUCUACAGAGGCUGGUCAAGCGUCCACUAGAGCACUCCGGUACAAACUUCGUGAUCGUCCUAAGGUCAAAUAUCAGUUCUCAUACCCGGAUGACAUCACAACGAUCUGUCCUACAUCUGAUGGACGUGCGUGGCUGUGUGACUGGGGCUCCGACACAGUAAAGCUCAUUAAAAAGAAAGGUCAGGUCAUACAGACGAUACGACACAAUAGUAGGAUACAGGGCAUCAGUCUGGACCCCACCACAGGCCGUCUGUGGUUCUGUUGUUGGGAUGAGAGGUCUAUCUCUGAAGUAUCUUCAUUAUUUACACCAGUCACGAGGUUUACUAUAGAGGAUUACCCAGCCCGUCUGUGUGUGACCAGGGAGGGACGGGUAGUGGUGGGUACAGAGGGUAUACAGGAGUACAAGGUGAUGAUAUACACUGUAGACGGCCAGGUGUUACAUACACACAUUGUGGAGGGGUCAGGGACGGGGGUAGUACAGUCAAUAUCACAAUGUAGUGUUACAGGUAACAUAGCUGUAGUGAGUAGUAAACAUAUCAGUGGGGACUACACUCCAGACAACUACAGGCGUCACAUCAUUGUGUACAACCCAACACUCCAGCCUCUGGUCCAUUACCGGGGGGAGGGGAUAGAGGCCCGGGUGGAGGGAAUGCAGGUACAGAAGUCAGUCACACCAGACAAGUUUGAUCCAAUCACAGUUGUAUAUGACAGUAAGGGUAAUAUUGUUAUUGCUGACGAGACAAGGGACACAAUAGAACUGAUAAGUGGAGCAGGGAAGUACAUAAAAACACUUCACACAAACAAUAAGAGACAGGGAGUAGUAGGUAUACAGAAGGGUGAUGUGUUGUGGUCACGCUUAGAGUUAGAUACAGGAAGGCCGGGACUCAAACUCCUCAAGUAUUAUAGUGACUGAGUGACUCAACCUUGAGUGAGGAUACAGACAAUUUAUAUCAGUGGACUUAUACAACAUAAACUUUAUAUUUUAUCAUCAUGGUCGACAUUUCCCUCUGAUGGAUUCUGUCAACAAUGUUAGAAUGUGUGGACAUUUUUCUUUCACUGAACUGUUGUUCCCAUCAUAUGAAUGUGAUAUUCAUUAUUGAUUUAAAAACAAUGUUUUAUUUUAAUUACGGACUAAGAUGUGUUUAUCUAAGUCCGUGAUUUAUAGUAAAUGUAUCAAUGCACAUUUAUCUGACCGUGGGUUUGGAAAUUCAUGCCGGUUUCAUAUCAACCCUGAAAUCAACAUCUCUGUAUCUGAUUGAGGUGUAUAACCUGACUUCCCUACCUCCUCCAGUGGAUCGUCCAAAGCCUGUUUUACCCACAAAAUACUUGGGAUAACCCAAACAAUUUUUUUUUUUUUUUUUGUAAUAA